CACGCCCAUAAACAUUAACUUAACACUAUUCAUUGAUUGCAAAUUAUUACAAAAUACAAAUGCCUACCAAACUUUGGGAAACAAGUCUCAGGGCUUGCCUGAACUCUCUCACUUUCUCUCUGAGGAGACAAGGAGCCAGAAGAGUAUGCUACAGGGUAUUAUUGCCUUUGGGUGUGGGUGGAGUUGGAGGGGUAUGGCUUAUCAGAAAUAAUAAUGGAUUGGCUCGUUAUAGAUAUUACUCUACCUCUGAUGAUGAAAAAUUCAGACAAACGAAUCCAAAUCAAAAUGAUGACCACAAUUCUGAUGGUCCUCCUAGUGGUUGGUCGUGGCCACAGCUCAUGCCAAUUUUAUUGGCUAUUGCGUAUUUUUUAUUCCGAGACACCUCUAGCCCAGUUCCAUCGGUCCCAUUCUCUUACUUUUUAAAAGAGAUGCUUGAAAAAGGCGAGGUACAGAAGUUGGUGGUGACUGCAUCUCGCGAGAAUGUUUUUAUAUUUUUGUACCCCGGAGCAGUUAUCAAUGGUAGAAUGGUGAGUCCAGCUAGUCCACAGUUUAUGAUGAGUAUUGCUGGAGUUGAGAGCUUUGAAAAUAGAAUAAAGAUGGCGCAAGACGAGUUGGGCAUACCACCCGAUGAUAGAAUAAGCAUUCACUAUAAGGCACGGAUGGAGAUUUUGCCUAUCUUUGUCAGUAGUCUUACUACCAUUGGUAUAAUUGGAUUGGUUUGGUACUUCAUGUUUCGGAACACUGGCGGUAUGGGUGGUGCUUCUGGCAAAGAUGGAUCUCCUUUCAAUCCUUUUUCUUACAUGACGCGAGCAAAGACAACAGUUGUAACUGACCCGGCGCAAAUUGGAACAAAUUUUAAAGAUGUGGCUGGUAUGGAAGAGGCAAAAACUGAAGUCAUGGAAUUUGUCGAUUAUCUCAAGUUUCCAAAAAAGUUCUCAGAGCUUGGUGCCAGGAUACCAAAAGGGGCUCUCCUUCACGGGCCCCCAGGGACAGGAAAGACCCUACUAGCUCGUGCUAUUGCAGGGGAAGCCAGUGUUCCAUUCAUUUCAAUAGCAGGACCUGAUUUUGUAGAAAUGUUCGCUGGUGUUGGAUCAGCUCGUGUGAGGGAUCUGUUUGAUCAAGCUAGAAAAAGUGCUCCAUGUAUAUUGUAUGUCGAUGAGAUUGACGCUGUAGGAAGAUCAAGACAAUCUGGAGCUUCUGUUGAGGGGACGAGCGAGCAGGAGAACACUCUUAACCAGCUCCUUGUUGAAAUGGAUGGUAUCAAUCCUUUGGAGGGUGUGGUUGUACUGGCAUCCACAAAUCGUGUUGAUAUAUUAGAUCAAGCGUUAUUGAGGCCUGGUAGGUUCGAUCGUCAGAUUUCUAUUGAUUUGCCGACGCUUCCCGAGAGGAAGGCAAUCUUUGAAGUUUACUUGAAAAAGAUUUUACUCGAGAAAUCUUUUGAGGAAUACUCAGGAAGGCUGGCUGCUCUUACUCCAGGGCAUAGUGGUGCCGAUAUAGCUAAUGUUGUGAAUGAGGCUGCCCUCCAUGCAGCGAGAGAACAGGGUUCAAAGGUCACCGAGGAUGAUUUUGAGUAUGCUAUAGAGAGAGUUAUAGCUGGAAUGCAGAAGAAGAACUCCGCUCUUAGCUCAGAGGAAAGGGAAGUGAUUGCCUAUCACGAGGCUGGCCACACUAUUGUUGGUUGGUUAUUAGAACACACUGAUCCUGUAUUGAAGGUUUCUAUUGUUCCACGUACCAAAGGAAUCCUUGGGUUUGCCCAGUACCUUCCAAUGGAACAGCGACUCCACACCAAAGAACAACUUUUUGAUCGAAUGACACUCGCUCUUGGUGGGAGGGCAGCUGAGGCUAUUACUUUCCGUCGAAUAACAACUGGCGCUCAAGAUGAUUUAUUGAAGGUUACUGAUAUGGCAUAUAAACAGAUUAGUGAAUAUGGAAUGAGUACAAAGAUUGGAAACAUUUCUCUGCCAGUGAUUCGCCCUUUGGAGCCAUCAAAAAGAUUCUAUAGCAACAAACUAGCAAAAGAGAUUGAUGAUGAAGCAAGAAGUUUGGUUAAUUUAGCAUACUCAAGAGCUGAAACAUUACUGAAAGAAAACCAAGAGUCUCUAAGAAAGCUUGCUAAAGCCUUACUAGAGAAAGAAGUUCUGAACUAUAAAGACCUUGUGAAGCUUUUGGGCCCAAUGCCUUAUCAGAAAGAACACCAUCACUACAAAGACCUUAACAAUAUUUGGUAACUAACUUUGAUAUAAUCUGUCAUCUUUUUCAUCACUCUAUUUCAGUGUUACUUCUAGUGUAUAUAAAUAAUAUAUUUUGUUAUCCUAUUAUGUUUAAUUUACUUCCCUACAUAUUUAAUAUCAUAA